AUGGGGAGGACAGUCGUCGGGGCCAGCAGGAUGUUCUGGCUAACGUGUUUCGUGCCGCUUCUUCUGGCGCUCUGCCCCAAUGAGCCCGCGCACGCCCUGGCACCCGGAUCGAGCCGAGUUGAGCUGUUUAAGCGGCAAAAUUCGACGGUGCCAUUUGAAGAGAACGGCGAAGUCCGACAGCGAGUUGUCCACUCGUUCCGCCUCCCCGCCCUUGUUAAUGUGGAUGGGGUGAUGGUUGCCAUCGCGGACGCUCGCUACGACACAUCCAAUGACAACUCCCUCAUUGACACGGUGGUGAAGUACAGCGUGGACGAUGGGGAGAAGUGGGAGACCCAAAUUGCCAUCAAGAACAGUCGUGCAUCGUCUGUUUCUCGUGUGGUGGAUCCCACAGUGAUUGUGAAGGGCAACAAGAUUUACGUCCUGGUUGGAGGCUACAAUAGUUCGAGAAGCUACUGGACGGCGCAGCGUGGCGUCAGGGUCGAUUGCCCCGUAUUGUCGGGGGAAGCCAGGAGCCAGCAAUGUUUCCCUCACGGGAUUGUUGCUGUUGGCACGGGGCUGACGGUAUUCGACCAACGCCAGCAACAGCCGCGUCUUGCUGGGGCACAGUUGUAA